AUGCAGCGCAUCAGCUCCGAUGGCUCGUCGGUACUCACUCACCAGACGUCGAGGACAUCGAUACGCGCACCCCAAUUCACCCUAGAGAAGUUCACUAGCAAAGAUUUCCUAGUAAAAGACUUCAUCGAAGACCUCUCCCAGAUCGCCGUACCUGCGACUCGAAGAUCUGGCGGCGCCGGUGGCCAGCAGACAUUCGACCCGAAACCGCUCAUCCGCACCUUCGAACAUGCCCUCACACGACUCAACAGUCUCUCCGAGGACCUGGAAGAAAAGGAGUCUGAGCUGUCAACAGCAGUUCGCCGAGCAGAGCUACAACACAACCAGAAUGUCGAGUCGCUAGGAAGGAGACUGGAGGCGGCCAUGGACAGGUUCCAACGGCUAGACAGUUCGCUCAAUGGUAGUGACGAGGGAGGGUCAGACACUGGAGGCAACGUCGCCAUGCGCAUCGGUGAGCGACUCGAAGAGCUCGAUCGCCAACGCAAGAGAGCCCUAGACGCAAAGUUCUUGAUUGAAUGCUGGCAAGAAGUCAGCGAACGCGGCGAACUCAUGAUCCUCGAGGACCAACGGAAGAACGGCGACAUAGUACGAUGCGCCGAGAUUGCACGCCAGCUGCUGCGCAUCAGCACACGUCUCGAUCCCGAGGGCAGCCAGCGAGUCAACGGAGACGCACCGAAUGACAUGAAGAGGAGAACGGUACAUCAGUCAAGACACAACACAAAGGAGGUCAUUGAGAAGUUCUUGGAGAACCUGGAGCAGGAUCUCCUAAGCAAGUUUCAGGAAUGCUACGCGCGUCCAAACUACCCUGGCAUGCGCGACUGUGCCAUCGCGCUAAAGGGCUUCAACGACGGGGCUAGUGUCAUUGGAACCUAUGUCAACCAGCAUUCUUUCUUCAUUGACCGCAUGCAGUUGAAUGGAGAAGAGCUGGCGACGGAUGUGGAAACUUGGGAUCGCCUCCAAGAUCCUGAUGCGGAACCACCGGGUGUUGAGCCUACGCUGCAAUCUCUCAUUGAUGAAGUCAAGAUCGUCGUCCAGGACGAAUCUGCCAUCAUAAAACGAGCCUUCCCUUACUACGAGGAGGUGCUGAUCAAGUUCCUCGAGCGCAUCUUCCAGCAGUCAAUACAAAGUCGGCUGGAGAUGGUGCUUGACAAAGCAGGAGAGCUAUCAUCACUCGCCUUCCUGCGCUCUUUGCAAGCUUCCAGGAGCUAUAUCACACAAUUGGUAGAUGAUCUAAAAUCACAUGGGUUGACAGAGCACCCAGAGCCUGCUACAUCUGCGGUCGCUGCUACCCUUGACCAGCAGUUGGAGGAGCUUUUCUCCUCUUACUUCAUUGGAGAGAAGUAUAUUGAGCGAGAAAAGAAGAACUUGGAGGAACUAUACUCCUCGCUACUACUCAAGUUCACCAUCUACCACUCGCGGCGCAGCAAGAUGCCUACAUCGUACUUUGGAUCGCUGGCUCAACGAGGCAAGGAGAUGGCUGCAUCCGCUCGUGACAAGUACAUGGAGCGCUUGGAAAACACAGAAUUGCCCGCUAGUCAGAAGGCGACCCUGCUCCGCAUUGCUGGCCUGAAGGAGGAUCAGCAGGAGAAGAAGGAUAUUGAAGUGACGGAUGAGGAUGGCAAGCUAUCGCUACCAGUCGCCAAGCGUAUGCUCAAAUGGCUGGCAGAAGGUGUUGGACGUGGACUCGAGCUGUCGCCUGGUAAUGAGACACCCAAGGAUGUGCAAAUAUUGCUUAAUCUUCUACUACGACAGAUGGGCGAAAUCUACUUGGAGACUGCGUUGGACGCCGCACAAGAUCAUGCCGUUUCGCAGGAGAACUCCAAGACACCCCCUGAUCUCACCCACCUCCCAUCGCUACACGCCAUUACCACAAUCCUACAUCUUCUCCAGCAAACCACGACAACCAUUAUCCUCCCUCUAUGUACACCCAAUCUGACUAUUCGUCGGGAGAUCGAAAAGUCUACCAACAACACAACGUCGACUCUUGAAUCGAAACUGUCCAACAUACUCAAUCUCACAUUGACAGCAUCGCUCAAUUGGGUGAGCAGAUGUUUAUCUCAACAAAAGAAGACCGAUUUCCGACCCAAGGAAGAAGACCUUAUGGUAACAAGUGAAACGCAAGCCUGCCGCGACGUCUCCGCAUUCCUAACUCGUGUUGCCUCACAAGCUUCUGCCGCGCUCUCUGGUCGCAACCUCUCCUUGUUCCUCGCUGAGCUUGCUCGCGGUUUGCGGUCCCUCGUUCUGGCACACCUGCUAAAAUUUUCCAUUUCACAAGUCGGUGGUCUUAGUGUUUCCAAGGACAUGAACCGUUAUGUUGAGCUAGUGAGAGGAUGGCCCACAGGUGACGAGCUGGAGCCUGGAGCGAUGGAUGUUCUGACGGAUGUCAGUACGCUAUUCAUUAUUGGACCUGAGGCGCUGAGGGAUAGGCUUAGGGCUGCGGGUGGACAAGAUGCGCAAGAAUUGAAGGGUUUCAUUGCGAAAAGAGACGACGUUGGAACUGUCGGGGUGCAGAGCGUGCUUAGUGGCUUGUAG